UCCUCCGCCUUCCCGCUGCCCAUCGGCCUCCCGCACCACUCGGACGGCGUCGCGCGCUACAAGCUCCACGGCGCCCCGGGCGCCGAGGCGAUGCUCUCAGAGGCCAGGGCCCGGGCGCCGCCGUGGAGGCUGCGGGACAGGCGGCUGCUGGUCACCCCGAUGCAGGGGACACGGCUCCGGAGCAGAUAUCCAGCCAAGCGCUGCUCCGCCCGGAGUUCUCCUGCCUGGUCCGGGUGGUGAGCGAGCAGGUGGGUCUCGGCUGCUUCCUGGGGUUGCUGGCCGAGCACCGGGCCGUCCUCUCGCCCCCGGGAAAGGGGCACGACUGCUUCCGCACCUGGCAGGCGGUGGCCGUCGGCACAGUGCCCCUGGUCGUGGACGACCCGGCGUUCGACCCUCGCCUCUACGAGGACGUGGGCUCCGCCUUCGUGCCUCCGCCGGAGGACCUGUCGCCCGAAGCGCUCCGACAAUUGCUGGACGCCCUCGCCGACCCGUCGGAGCUGCUGCCGCGGCUGAGCGUGCGCGCCCGGAUGGCGGAGUGGGAGGCGCUGGCCGCCGCAGAAGCGCGGGGGGCGCCCUCUCGGCCGUGCGCCGCCCCUCCGUGGCAGUCUGACCUCCGAUGCGCUCCUGGCAUCGCUCGGACGUGAGGGGAGGCGGAUUUCAAGCUGAGUGCUGCUGGGG